AAAAAAGGCAGGAGAAGGGAAACCGGCGGCCCCUUUCUUCCCCCCUAGCCUUCUCGAGUGCUCUCUGCGGCAUCCUCGCGGCCGACCCUCCAUCCCCGAUCGCAUCGCAUCCACCCCGAAACCCUAACCCCGGCCAUGGCGCGGCGAUCGACCCCUCUCCUACGCCGCCUCCUCGCCCCUUCCCCUUCCCCCACCCCGUCCACUCCCCUCGCCGGCGCCGCGUCCCGCCGCAGCGUCACCUACAUGCCCCGCCCGGGGGACGGCGCCCCGCGCGGCGUCACGCUCAUCCCUGGCGACGGCAUCGGGCCCCUCGUCACGGGCGCCGUGCGGCAGGUGAUGGAGGCGAUGCACGCGCCCAUCUACUUCGAGACCUACGAGGUCCGCGGCGACAUGCCCACGGUGCCCCCCGAGGUCAUCGAGUCCAUCCGCCGCAACAAGGUCUGCCUCAAGGGCGGCCUCGCCACCCCCGUCGGCGGCGGUGUCUCCUCCCUCAACGUGCAGCUCCGCAAGGAGCUCGACCUCUACGCCGCGCUCGUCAACUGCUUCAACCUCCCCGGGCUGCCCACCAGGCACGACAACGUUGACAUCGUCGUCAUCAGGGAGAACACCGAGGGCGAGUACUCGGGGCUCGAACAUGAGGUCGUGCCCGGCGUCGUCGAGAGUCUCAAGGUGAUAACAAAGUUUUGCUCAGAAAGGAUUGCCAAGUAUGCUUUUGAGUAUGCAUACCUUAACAAUCGAAAAAAAGUGACAGCAGUGCAUAAAGCAAACAUCAUGAAGCUUGCUGAUGGUUUGUUCUUGGAGUCUUGCCGGGAGGUUGCGAAGAAGUACCCUGGGAUUCAAUAUAAUGAAAUCAUUGUGGACAACUGUUGUAUGCAGCUCGUUGCAAAGCCUGAACAAUUCGACGUUAUGGUCACCCCAAAUCUUUAUGGCAAUCUGGUGGCUAACGUAGCUGCAGGUAUUGCUGGAGGCACUGGUGUCAUGCCUGGAGGUAAUGUGGGUCAGGACCAUGCUGUCUUUGAGCAAGGUGCUUCUGCAGGAAACGUUGGAAAUGAGAAUAUUGUGGAGAAGAAGAGAGCUAACCCUGUUGCGCUGCUGCUCUCAUCUGCUAUGAUGUUGAGGCACUUGCAGUUCCCAUCGUUUGCCGACCGGCUGGAGACAGCAGUGAAGCGUGUCAUUGCAGAAGGCAAUUACAGAACCAAAGAUUUGGGUGGCACCAGCACAACCCAGGAAGUCACGGAUGCAGUCAUUGCCAAACUGGAUUAACGACCAGCCGUGUGUUUUUCAAACUUUGUUCUGCUUUGGUGGACUAGGUAACUAGUCCUGACGAAAUAUUCGUUCCUUGUAGCUUUAGAUCACCAUUUUGUUCGGCAACGCCCUUGUACAAUCUUCAGGUGUCUCAUUUCUGCCAUUCUGGUUCAGGUCUGGAGUAACUGAGCAAACUCGGUGUUAACCUUUACGCAUAUUUUUGUGACCUUAAUUCUUAAUUGGAAAUAAGAGAAUAUGAAACAAUUCUUGUGCC